AUGGACGGCUGGAAGGUCUGGCUAGCUUUUGCGGUUAUCCCCAACCAAAUUGCAGGAAGAAUAUUGCUGGUGACUGAAAUGGAUGCCGCCUCGUCUAAAGAAAUGUUGACAUCGGCUUUCACUUACACUUCACAAAACCGAUUGAGUCGAGCUGUCACCAUCGAGAUCUCGAGAGAUUCUGAAACAGAAGGGUACAAAGAGGUAUGUCAGGAGUUUUCCAAAGGAGCAUCUCUGGCAGUGGACCUCACGUGGACAGGAUGGCCCAGACUCCAGGACCUCUGUCUUACCUCUGGAGUGCCUUACGUUCUUUUGGAGAGUCCCCUCAGAGUAUUUGUGCGAGCGCUUGAUGGAAUACUCCGAGGCAUCAGGAACGCAUCCGACGCAAUCAUCAUCUUAAGCGAUAGAAAAUUUCUAGAAGAGCUACUGUACUACAUUGUGGGGUUAACCCACAUAAGGGUAUACGUGUUGCCAGGUCUGAGCCCUGACGCUAUUCAUGCAAUCAAGGACAUGAGACCUACGCCGUCCUUUUUUGUGGUCCUUGCACCGGCAAGUGAUAUGAAUGUAAUCGUUAGCACGGCGGUUGAACACCAAUUAAUGAAGAACGAGAGGUGGCACCUUGUCUUCACAGAUUACAACUUCGCCAGUUUCAACAAGAGCUUUAUAGAUGUCACCUCCACUUACGUCACCAUGAACCCCGACCUGUGUUGCAAGUUCCUACGGUUACCUCCGACUUGUCAAUGUCCACGCGAUUUCGACGCUUUUGAGAGAAUGAAGAAUAUCACAGUAAGUCAAGCCGAGCAACUACUGACGUCUAUACUACAAGAUGCACGUUACCCUGAUACUCCCUUGGUGUAUAUGUGUGAUUCGUCAGCCACAGCCAGUAAUGAUACCAGGAGCAGUUUCUACCAACUCCUAAAUCAAACUCUAUCUACGCAUCCCACCCUUGCCGCGUUGAGUUCCCCAGAGACCAGUAUAGUUCCAAGGAUAACCUUCGAUGUGAACACAACGCUUCAAGGGGACAGAAUUGGCUCUUGGUCUGUGGAGGACGGUUUGACCCUAAAUAUAAGCUACCUGAUAGUUCCCGUCAAAAGGUUCUUCAUGGUGGGAGUUAUACAGGCAAUCCCUUGGUCAUAUCGUCUCACAGGACCGACCCAGGACGGUACCGGAAGUGACGAAUGGGGCGGCUACUGCCUUGACUUCCUGAACCGUCUGGCAUACGAGUUGAACUUUGACUACCAGCUUGUACCCAGUGAAGUUUUCGGUUCUCCGAGAGCGGACCGCGCCUGGGACGGACUUGUAGGGGACUUAGUCGCUGGACGGACGGACCUGGUUGUGGCACCACUGACAAUGACAGCUGAGAGAGAGGAAGUACUCGACUUUGUAGCCCCUUACUUUGAACAGACUGGGAUAUCCAUUGUUAUUCGAAAGCCAGAGCGGCGGACUUCCCCUUUCAAAUUUAUGACGGUUCUACGCCUGGAGGUCUGGCUCAGUAUUGUGGGUGCCUUAGCAGUUACUGGUGUCAUGAUAUGGUUUCUAGACAAAUAUUCACCCUACAGUGCCAGAAACAAUAAAAAUAUGCAUCCGUAUCCAUGUAGGGAGUUCACACUAAAGGAGAGUUUCUGGUUCGCGAUGACGUCAUUCACUCCGCAGGGCGGAGGCGAGACCCCCAAAGCCCUCAGUGGUCGCACCCUGGUCGCCGCUUACUGGUUGUUUGUAGUCCUGAUGUUGGCAACCUUCACCGCCAACCUGGCCGCCUUUCUCACGGUCGAAAGGAUGCAAAACCCUGUUCAGUCACUGGAGCAGUUGUCAAGACAGUCGAGGAUUAACUACACAGUGGUAGCUAAUUCUGUCACUCACCACUACUUCAAGAAUAUGAAGCAUGCGGAAGAUACCCUUUACAGAGUUUGGAAGGAGAUAGUACUUAACGCCUCCAGCGACCAGAUCCAAUACCGUGUGUGGGACUACCCGAUCAAGGAACAAUAUGGACAUAUCCUGAAAGCCAUAGAGAAGACAGGACCAGUGACUGAUGCCGCUACGGGGUUUGCUAUGGUGAAUGAACACGAAUCCGGUUGGUUCGCGUUGAUCCAUGAUGCUGCCGAGAUAAGGUACGAAGUCUACCGGAACUGUAACCUGACGGAAGUAGGGGAGAUAUUCGCCGAGCAGCCGUACGCUGUGGCAGUUCAACAAGGCAGCCAACUCAACGAAGAAAUUAGCAGAAAAAUUUUGGAUCUGCAAAAGGAACGAUAUUUUGAAACUUUAGGCGCCAAGUAUUGGAACUCUUCUGGGAAAAGGGAUUGCUUCAAUUCUGACGGCAGUGAUGGGAUUACUUUGGAAAGUUUAGGAGGAGUUUUUAUUGCGACCCUCUUCGGUCUCGCCCUUGCGCUUAUCACUUUGGCCGUGGAGAUAUUUCUUCACAAGAGGUCGUGCAAGAUUGAAGAUGCACCGGGCAUGGUAAUUUAUCACGAGUACCUCAGCAAGAAAGAGUUUGGUACUGAGCAUUUGAGUGUGAAAAAGUCGGAGUUGAUCCAUCCUAAACCUCGAGUUAUAACUGUUUUCCCACGGAAUCAAUUUUAUUGAAGAACUAUACCACAUAAAACCAUAAAUCCCAUUGCCUAUCACCAUUCAACAACUGUGGAGGAGUGGUUUACAAUGUUUGAAACUACAGAUUAGUUUAUUACUGAGUUUUCAAUAGGAUUGAUUGUCAAUGGCACACUUUAUGUUAUACCUUAAUAUAAUCAACUUAUAAUUAUGUUUUAGUAAAUGUAUCAAACUUAUGGUUUAGCAAAAUAUUAGAGUGAGAAA